CUGGUUGCCAUUAUUAAACUGCUCUCUUUGUCCAUAUCAUUAAAAGAGAGAGUGCAUGAGCACAAACUCUGUGUGGCAGACACCUCACUCAGCAUACCACAGAUUAAGGAUGGUCCAUGUAAUGGAAGAUGUCAGCUGUUGGAUCCUGUUUGGAUACCUGCUCCUGCCUGUCUCUGUUCUGGGCUCCCAGGACAACGCGAAGGUGAUCCAUAUCAACAAGGUCCACCACCAGCCGCUGCGGGUCAGCCUGGCGGAGCAGGUGGCCCUGCCCUGCCUCUACCUCUUGCAGCCGCCCACCUCCCUCGGCCCCAGCCAGCCACCUGACCUUCCACGCAUCAAGUGGAGCCGGGUCCAGUCGGCGGUGGGCCAGCCGGAAGACGUUUCUGUGCUGGUGGCCAAGGACAACGUGGUGAAGAUCUCCAAGGGCUACGAAGGGAGGGUCUCCCUGCCUGGUUACCCCUCCCGGCGCUACAAUGCCACGCUGGUGCUUUCGGCUGCCCGGGCCAGCGAUGCCGGCCUCUAUCGUUGCGAGGUGGUGGCUGGCAUUCACGAUGAGCAGGACCUGGUGCCCCUGGAAGUCACAGGUGUGGUGUUCCAUUACCGAGCCGCCAGCAACCGUUACGCGCUGACCUUCCCAGAGGCACAGGCAGCCUGCGAGGACAACUCAGCCGUCAUCGCUUCCCCUGCCCACCUCCAAGUGGCCUUUGAGGAUGGCUACGACAAUUGCGAUGCCGGCUGGCUUUCUGACCGCACUGUCAGGUAUCCCAUCACCCUUUCGAGGCCUGGCUGCUACGGGGAUCGCAACAGCCUCCCAGGAGUCCGCAGCUACGGCGAGCGGGACGCCAGGGAAGUGUACGAUGUCUACUGCUACUCGAAAGAGCUUCGAGGAAAGGUGUUGUAUGCCUCCAGCCCUGGACGGCUGACGUUUCAAACAGCCCAGAAGUACUGCCUGAGCCGAGGGGCGCAGCUGGCUACCACAGGGCAGCUUCACCUCGCUUGGCGGGAAGGGCUGGACCAAUGUGACCCGGGAUGGCUGGCCGACGGAAGUGUUCGCUACCCAAUCCGGACCCCACGGAAGAAGUGUGGCGGGGAUGAACCUGGCGUCAGGACCGUCUACCAGUUCCCAAACCGGACCGGCUUCCCAGAUCCGGCUUCAAGAUUCGAUGCCUAUUGCUUCAAAGCAUGGCAGCCAGUCCAAAAAGCGGGUGGGGCCACCCCCGAGGAAGACCACCGCCAGGUGGCUCGUGAGCCCACAGACCUGGAUUCCGAAGGAAGCCAUGAUUCAGGGACCGAGAACGUCUUGGCAGAGCAUGACACCCGCCUGCCGCUGCUAACCCAGAACGAGCUGUUCUUCAAGGAAAACGACGACUCUGUCAUGUCGGGCGAUUCGAGAGAGUUUCCAAAGGACCCUUACAGCCCCUUGCACAAAGCGGCGGUGCCUUUUCUGGAAGAGGAUGAGCAACUCCAGUUGGUGACCGUGUUCCCAGCAGGGAUGGAGCCGUGGGAGGAGAGGACAACCCCGUUGGAUGUGGAAGAUCAGGAACCGUCUCUAGGGCCACCUGCUGUCUCCCUCCUGGAUGGGACAGGUGAGGAACAUCAUUUCAACGUGGUUGACCAAAUGCCGACUGAUGAGACGAAGGAUCGUGAGGAUGGUGAAAUGAACGUCAGCAAAGGGUCGGCUAGUGCCAGCCAAACACGGGAUAAGUCCCCUUCUUUGGAAGACUCCAAAGAGGACUUACCACCUGAGGAGGUCACCCGUUCGACCUCUCCAACUUGGCUGCACGGGACCACUCGUUGGCUGGCCCCACAAGGGACUGUGUCGCCCAGCCUCCUGCAGCCUUUCCGCACCCACCUCCCUAAGAUGUGGCCUGGAAUUCCCACCUCAGCCUCUACCCCAACACCUGGUGGAAGCCACCCUGGUGCUACCGUGGCGACUCAAGCUUUUGCUGCCCUCCCCAGAUUGACCCGCAAGAGCAUUUACAGCGGACUGAAUGGGCGUUAUUUCCAGAGACGGCGGGGAGAAGGCAAGGACGGUCCGGGCGCUGACGGUGAAGGCAACACUGCAGCGCCUAAGGAGCUUCCUGUCUUGGCUGUGGCAGUGCACAAGAUGGCAGACAAUUCCAUCGAGGCCUCAGCUAGGGAGAAGCCAAGCCCUGCCUCCGCUCUCCGAGGUGGAACGAUCUACUCGCUCACCAACGAAGUGGAAGGGAACAGGUUACCAGCGUCUGUGAAUCGAGGCGACCAGGAGGUAACCUUCUCUCCUGCUUCCGACGUCCUCGAGGACGCCAGGGCUGAAAAGAACAGCCAGGAACACCAAGCGGCCUCCGCACCAGAGAGCCAGAAAUGGCCCACCCACCAAGGGCAUCCUUACGCAUCAUCACCAGCCACGCCCAGUGGGCUGUUUCACUCUUGGGAGGUCGCCGUGACAAUGACAGAGGAUGUGGAAGGCGCUCACUUGGGUACCAGCAUCCGAGGUGACUAUCCCCAAGGGGUUACACAGGCUGGGGACAACGAGGAUGGCUUCUCUGGAAAUGGGGGUGUUUCUCCAACAAUACCCCAGAAGAACAAGCCCCACGUGGAUGAGGCAAGUGGGGAAUCUGACCACGACUCCCAAGAAAGUCAGGACAACACUGUGAGUUUUGUGGAGGACCUUCCGGGGCCCGGUUUCGAGACAGCCCAACGCAACUUGCCCGGGGCUGCUCAGGAACAAUCAGAGCCACACAAUCCACAUGCAAGUAAGCAGCAGAGCAUGACAGGAGAGGACGCCAUCUUGAAUCAGAACAUCCAACGUUCGGAGGAGCUGGCCGAGCUGAGGGGGCGAGGAGCCAUCACGCUCUCGGCGGAGGAUGUCCCCUCCCUGACGCCGGGCACCGUGUACCCGCAAGCAGCUCGGCUUCUCUCUGGAGAAGCCGACAUGUGGAUGGUGGCCCAUGGCAGUCAAGAUGGCAAAGAGGCUGCCACGAUAGAACCUGGGGGGAAGGUACUUGUGGACAGCUCCGCGGUCACUGAGGUCCUGGAACCUUCUGAGCCAAAAGACCUCUGGGAGGUGGUAACGCCGAGCAUGGAUAGCCGCUCUGAUGCUGGCGCCGUAGGCCGAUCUCACAGAGAGGAGACCACGCUCCCUGGAGUGGUCAGCUUAGUGAAAAGUAGCCUUGGCCACCGGCAAGGUGGGGACACCACCCAAUCUCUCGUCCAAAGCACACUCACACCUCAUUUGACAUCUCCCGGCUUCUUUCCAAACGAAGCAAUGGAUGAAGAUGAAUCAACGCCUUGGGGUUCGCCUGAGGUGGGUGCUCCCUUCCCAGCCAAGAGCACUUUGGGACCUGCACACCUCGAUUUCGACAGCCUGAUCUUGACCUCCAGCUCAGGGCCCUCCAUCUAUCCCAGUGAGAGAACAGUGGGGACUGGGAGCGAACAUGAAAGCACUGCCCCGGGAGGGAUUCUCCCGAUGGAGGCCGACGGCGGGAGCGGAGAAGAUAAAGGAGAGGACGUGUCUGCAGUCAAGGAGGUUGAGGGUCUAGCCUGGAACGGGGAGGUCAAUACCACCAUGUUUGUCGAAGCUGACCCUUGCGACAACGAUCCGUGCUUGCACGGUGGGACCUGUCAAUCCAGCGGAAACAUCUCCAGCUGCAGCUGCCCGCAGGGGUUCACAGGAGUCAACUGUGAAAUAGAUAUCGACGAGUGCUUGUCCAGCCCCUGCCAGAACGGCGGGACCUGCAUAGACGAGAUCAACUCCUUUGUUUGCCUCUGCCUGCCAAGCUACGGUGGGAGCCUCUGUGACCGAGACACAGAGGGCUGUGAUCACAAUUGGCACAAAUUCCAGGGGCACUGCUACCACUACUUUGCCCAUCGGCGCUCUUGGGAGGAAGCGGAGCGAGAUUGCCGACGCCGGUCUGGCCACCUGACCAGCAUCCAUUCAUGGGAGGAACAUAAUUUUAUUAACAGCUUCGGGCAUGAAAACACAUGGAUUGGCCUCAAUGACCGCAUCGUGGAACAAGAUUUCCAGUGGACAGACAACACGGGCCUGCAAUACGAGAAUUGGCGAGAGAACCAGCCAGACAACUUCUUUGCAGGCGGCGAGGACUGUGUUGUGCUGGUAUCUCACGAGACCGGAAAGUGGAACGAUGUCCCUUGCAAUUACAACCUGCCCUACGUCUGCAAAAAGGACACAGUGCUAUGUGGUCCUCCCCCCUCGGUGGAAAAUGCCUCCCCCGUCGGCAAGAAGAAAGCGAAAUACAGCGUCCACUCUACUGUCCGUUACCAGUGCGAGGAAGGGCUCCUCCAGAGGCACGUGCCCACCAUUAAGUGCCACAUCAAUGGGACGUGGGACAGGCCCCGAAUCCUUUGCACAAAACCCAGACGUUCCCACAGAACCCGGCGGCAUCACCGCCGCCGCCACCAGCACCACCGCCACAAAUCCCGCAAGGACCGGCGGAAACACCCAAAGCAGCGCCCGAAGGUGGACUGGACAGAAGAGGACGGCAACAACUUUUAACAACAGGCCCAGACAAAAAAAAGCACAAUCUCCCAUUCUCCCCUUCCCCAUUCCCAACCUCCACUUGACCUCCCUUAGCCCAACCCAGGAUGUGACGGGUUUGCGUGUGCGUGUGUAUGUGUGUGAUGGAAAUUGUUGACGCUCUCCCUGUCCCCUUCCGGCCAUGUCUCCCCUUCCGCAUUGAUAUAUCGCUUUUGUAACCUCUUCCUUGGGGACUCUACUGUCUGCAAGUUUACAGUACUCGAAGGCAGGUCCCACUGUUCAAGAAAUCCUCCCCUGACCUCUUUACAGCCAGGCCUGUGAGCAUCCCAUGUGGUUGUAGGCUUUGUGGCGAGAAAUCCAGCUUCUUGGGAAUCUCAGUCUUUGUUCUGAGGAGCAGUUAAGGUGCUAGUCCUCAUGGCUUGCGAAGAUGUCCCCUGAAAACAGGUGCUGAAAU